AUGGCAGAAGCUGUAGUGCAGACAGGGCUCGUGCUUUUUCACAUCAAAGCCUCAGCUCUGCCUACAAUACAGCUUCAGCUGUUACCACCACUAAUGCAGCUGCAUGGGCUAUACCUGGGUCCAGAUUCUAAACUGAUGGCAAUGGAGUUACUCUGGAUCUACAACAAUGUAAUUGAGUGUAUUCUUGGCCCUUUGGAAGACAUGGUGAUUGUUGCUAUUUAUCUGCUGGACAUCUUGGUUCAAGCCUUUGCAGCCCCCUGCAAUCCAAAUAAAGCAGACAUCAUUUUGGUGUAUUGCUAUCCUAAAACCAUCAUUACAAAAAUUCCCGAAUGUCCCUAUGGAUGGGAGGUUAAUCAAUUGGCUCUUGGAGGCGUUUGCUACAAUGGGGUUCGUGAUUCAGGAUACUACCAAUUCACGAUUCCAGAUUUAUCGCCUCAAAACAAGUCCUACUGUGGAACUCAAUCAGAGUUUAAAAACCCUAUCUAUCACUUCUACAACUCCAUCGUCUCCAACGACAGCUCGGUAAUUGUGAAGAGCCAGCCUGUGAAUUACUCAUUCACCUGUACUUACCAUGCAAACUACUUGGUCAACCAGGCUGCCUUCGACCAAAGUCAUACGAAAUGUUCUCAAUUUUCUAGAGUGGCGACAGUCCAUGUGAAGAAUGGGAGCUCCGGUUCAUUUGAAAGUCAAUUAUCCCUCAACUUCUACUCUAAUGCCAAGUUUUCAAGCAAAAAAGAAGCCCCCUUUGUCGUUGAAACCUCAGAAAUUGGUUCAGAUGUAUUUGCUGGAGUAGAAGCCAAGGGGUUAAGUAAGAGGUUUAAAGUAGUUCUGAACAACUGCUGGGCAACACCUUCAUCCGAGUAUUUCUACCAAAUCCAGUGGCCACUGAUCACAAAAGGGUGCGCAACGGACAACUCUAUCUUAGUGCACGAAAAUGGGAAAAACAGCCGGGCCACCUUCCAGUUCAAUGCUUUCCGGUUCCAAAACAUCCCCAAACUGUCCAAAGUCUGGCUGCACUGUGAGACACAUGUCUGUGACAGUGAAAAGUUUUCCUGCCCUGUGCCAUGUGAAAAACGAAAACGACGCACCGAACAAACCGGAGGCGUUCUAGCAGCAGAAUUUGCAGUACACAAUGGAGGUUUAUCCGGUUACUACAACUUCUCAGCUAUUCUCAGUCAUCUAAUCUUCCUGCUUGGAAUCUGUGCUGUUUUACUGUGAGACACAACCCAGCUGCAGUUCUCAAAUCAUUCCCCUGCUCCCCCGCCAGCCCAAACACACUU